AUGUACGACAAGCUGCUUCUCCAGCCAUGCCCUGCGCUUCGUCCUACGGCCCAGCAGUUCGAGGAUCCAAUCGGAUACUUGUCACUGCCCGAAGUGACAUCCCUAGGUGCCGAAUACGGAAUCGUCAAAGUGAUUCCUCCAUCCAACUGGAAACCUCCAUUUCUGAUAGCCUCAUCCUUCAAGUUCCACACCCGAUUACAAAAGCUUAGUGACUUGGGGUUGACUACCCGUUCCAGAAAGUUUUUCAGAGACAAUGUCAACCGUUUCUUGAAGAUGCGUAGAAAAAGACAGCUCAGAUUGAGUUUCCCAGUCAAGAACGUGGGAAGAGACAGGGUCAAUGUGUACUACUACGAUCUCUACCUCGAAGUGGAGAAGUUGGGUGGACCUGAGGCUAUGGAAGACCCCCAGUGGGAAUCAAUCAACACGAAAUUCGGUGUAAAAGACACGAAGUCCAACACCAUAAGAGACGAAUACGAAUUGAGCAUUAAGGCAUACGCCCUCUUUUUAUCUCAUAACAACCAAAAUUAUGACUUUCCCGACUCCGAGUCCGACGAUGAAUAUGAUAACUGUUUGAUAUGUGGCAAACACGAUCAUCCUUCCAAGACUCUUCUUUGUGACAAUUGCGACAACCCAUUCCACAUGACAUGUCUUGCAUCGCCCUUGACUGCCAUUCCUACCGGCACUUGGUACUGUGAUAAGUGUUUGAUUGGAACAGGUGAAUAUGGCUUUGAAGAACAUGUAGAUAUCAAGUACACAUUGCCCGAAUUUUAUCAAAUGUGUCAAGAAUUCGAGCAAGAAUUCAUCCAACAAUACAACAAAAAUGAGCCUUUGACGGUGGAUAUAAUUGAACAGAAGUUUUGGGAGUUUAUCGACAUCCAAAAAUCAGAUUUGGAAGUCAAGUAUGGUGCAGACAUUCACAAUCUCAAGCCUGGAGAAAUCAGUGGGUUUCCAAUGCCUAAUACGCCUGGUAUUCCAUUGGAUGACCCUGCAAUCCAAAGUUACAUUAAUCAUCCAUUCAACUUGACCAAAUUGCCAUUUGCAAAGGGUUCAUUGCUCAACUACAUUAAUACUUCUAUUUCAGGAAUGACUGUGCCAUGGAUCUACAUUGGUACUUUGCUAUCUACAUUUUGCUGGCAUGUUGAGGACCAUUACACUCUUUCUGCUAAUUAUUGCCAUUUUGGAGCUACCAAGAAAUGGUACGGUAUUCCUUCAUCUCAGGCACACCAAUUUGAAAAGCUUAUGAAAGAAAGUGCUCCCGACUUGUUUAAGAAACAGCCAGACUUGUUGCAUCAAUUGGUGACGUUGUUGUCACCAAUGACAUUAGUGAAAAAUGGCAUCAAAUGUGUGUAUGCUGAUCAGAAUCCCAACGAGUUUGUCAUUACGUUCCCAAGAGUAUAUCACUCCGGAUUCAAUUGUGGCUUCAAUUUCAAUGAGGCUGUCAACUUCACCAUGGACGAAUGGCUUGAACAUGGAGCCCAAUCUAUUCAUGAUUACAAGUUGAUCAAGAAAGAAAAUGUUUUCAAUCAUUACCAAUUGAUAGAAAACAUAAUCCGUGAAUUUAACAAGAAGAUCCACAAUAAAGAAUCGGUUUCGCCGAACGAAAUCAGGUUGGUAGGAAGGUGUUUGUCCAGUUUUGAGUCGUUCGCACAGAAACAGAGGGACACCUUGAACAAGUUGGACAAAUCUAGAUACCUCAUUAAACACAAGCCAAAAAUAUUCAAACCAAGGAGUUUUGCGGAUGAGCAGAAGGGAACCUUUAACCUGGAUCAGACGGAGGAAGAGGAAGAUUUAUGUGAUACAUGUAAAACACACAUUUCUUACCAGUAUUGUAUUAUUAAUAACAAGUCACAUGAAUUCGGUAUCAGAAAAGUGGAAAUUAAACAGGAGCCAUUGUCACCCAAACCCGAGACCAUCAACAAAACUGCUGUCAAUAUUAUGACCACCCGGAUCCCCAUUCAUCAACUCCUCACCCCAGAAUCUUCCCCCUACGACCACCAGAAACCCGACAGUAAUGUGGACUUGGGCAAGAUCACCAAAUCCGAAGCAUCAAAGCACCUUUCGCAAUUGAGCGAGCAGGAGAGCAAACUCUGCAGAGAGGCAGAAUUCAAGCAACUUGUGGACCAAGCCAAACGAGCAGCUGUCGAAGCCGACGAUAAGAACAAGCGUCGGAAAUCAAGACGGUUACAGGAGUUGGAGGAGAAACCAUUCCAGGAGAUGAGUCGUAUGCGUAGUAGCAAGAUGUCUCUGGUGCAAGUGAAGUCGAGCCUUCGUCAAUUGAAUCAGAAAGAGACUAUUAAACUUUGCUUGGACUGUUUGACCAAUAACUACGGUGCCACAGGCAGCAUGGCGCCAGAGGGAUCAGUUUUGUUGUAUGAGAUUUCUCCAUUGCAAUUGGAUUCGUUCAUCGAGGAGGCCAAGGCCAAUUUGAGAGCGAGUUCCUGA